GUAAAUCUAUGCUGCAAGAUAAACCUGGGCUUGGUACAUUGAUGGAAGACAAACCUGUAGAGAAUGAAACUAUGAAAGAUGAAUAUGUGAAAAUUAUAUGCAUGAAAACCAAGCAUGUAGAAGGUGAAGCUUUCGAACCUUUGGAAGAUAAGUCUAAAGAAGACGAACGUGUAGAAGUCAAACUUGUGAAAGAUAAAUCUGUGGAAGGUGGUGACGUGGAAGUUGAGCUUGUUGAUAUAGAAGGCGAAGUUAGUGAAGCUGUAGAAGGCGAAAAUAUGGAAGGUGAUAAUAUGGAAAAUAAAACUAGAGAAAUUAAUAAAGGCUCUAUAUCUCUUGAAAGCAAUAGCGAAAUUAAUAUACCUGUUCUUGGGUUGGAGUUGGAAGGUUUUGACCUUACAAAGUAUUAUAUAAAUCAACCUAUAGAAUUAUCUGUUGGAACACGAUUUAAUUCUUGGGCAAUCGCAGAGCACUACUUAAAGAAGUAUGGCCGCCAGAAAGGAUUUGUGAUAAACCGGUAUAGAGUUGAAUAUCACAAAUCUCAUUUGACUCUGUUAAAUGAUUCUGUUAAAAAAAGAACAUAUGUAUGUGAGAAUGCUGGAAAGUAUAAACCUAACAAGACAAAACCGAUAGAGCAACAACCAUUUCGAAAAUUUGAUGAGUCUAUAAUAAAUGAAAUUGAAUGUGUGGUUGUAUAUGGCCAUUGCGAUGCUUAUACUAUAAGAAAUUUAUUACAGCCUUUGUUUCCUGGCCGACUUUUUCUUACGCGAGAUUUAUCAAAUGCAAUCCAAAAAAUCAAGUGUGAAAAAAAUGUUGUUGGAUCUGAUGCAUUGCACUUACUAAAAUUUCUACUUGAACAGCAAAAAGAAGAUCCUACGAUGUUCAUUCAACCAUUAAUAAAUACAGAUAGUAAUCGGCUAAGUAAACCAAUAAAUACAAUUUUCUUCUAUCUUUAUUCAUUCUUAUUGAUAAUGAUGGUCCUACAACAAACCUUGGAUGCAACUGGUUCUGAGCCAUGGGUUAUAAUGACAGACAUGGAUCUUGCAAUAGAUAUGGCAUGUCAAGUAAAAUAUAUAAAUUCUUAUCAUGUUCACUGUAUCUGGCAUAUGUCUCAAAAUUUGCCUAAACGGCUUAAGACAAAACUUGGAAGCGAAAAUUUUAAAGAAUUUAUUUGUGAUUUUUGGAAAGCAUGGAAUUCUUUAAGCAUUGAAGUUUUUGAUAGAAUAUUUACGGCAGGCAUGCAAUCUAUCUCACGUGUUGAAUCAAUUAAUGCUAUUAUUCAUAAAGCAGUUGCUUCUAGCUCUAGUAUGUCAGACGUAGUUGAAGCUUUAGAGCUUCCGGCUUUUAGUAUUGUUAAUAAUGUAAUUCGAAAGUACUUCAUACCAAGAAUUGCUAAAGAAAUUAACAAACAAAUGUGUGAAUCGGUACUAUACAAAUGUGAAAAGUUGGAUAUUGAUCAUGCUCUUGAAGAUCAAUUAUAUUCGGAUGAAAAUAAACUAAUUAAUAAUUAUGGUCAUUUAAUGGGUCAUUUUAAGAAAGCAUUAAGCUACUCAAUAGAAAAUAAUGAUCAAAAUGCUUUGGAUGAACUUAUCUUAGACUACAUUGCUAAAAAAGAAAAAAUUCGAAAUGUUCAAACUCAACUAGUGUCUGUUGAAGAAAGUCAAGCUUAUGAUGAUAUUAAAGAUCCAGUAGUGCGCAAGGGUAAAGGUAGACAUCCAAAUAAACGGUUGAAAGCUUUUAAUGAAGAAACAAAUAAGAUUAGUAGUAAUAAAAAACAACAGGAUACUGCUGAUAGUGAUAGUAAAACUAGACGUAGAUGUAGAUUAUGUCAUAAAUUAGGACAUUAUGCUCCUAAAUGCCCUAAUAAGGAAAAUGCAAUAUAA